AAAGAAGCAAAAUCAUCUGUUCGGUCGUCGAGUGAAUGUUAUUCUGUUUUGUGAUUCCGUACCAAUCAUUUGUUUCCAAUAACUUCGCCGUGCAAAACAGACGUAAUUUUUCAUCCUCGAACUUGACUCUUUGUUUUUUUGUGAAUUUAAAGAAUCUAUUAAAAUAUGUCUAAGACAUCCGUGUGUAUCGUUGGAUCUGGCAACUGGGGCUCAGCAAUUGCUAAGAUUGUUGGCGUUAAUGCAAAAAGACUUCCACAGUAUGAAGACCGCGUUUCAAUGUACGUUUUCGAGGAAAUGAUUGACGGCAAGAAGCUCACAGAAAUCAUCAAUACAACUCACGAGAAUGUAAAAUACUUGCCAGGCCAUAAAUUGCCAGAAAAUGUCGUUGCCGUUCCCUGUGUUGUUGAGGCAGCUAAGAAUGCUGACAUUCUUAUCUUUGUUAUCCCUCAUCAAUUUAUCAAGGGUCUUGGCGCUCAAUUGGUCGGCAAGAUAAAGCCAUCAGCAAUUGGGCUCUCAUUAAUCAAGGGCUUCGAUGUUGCCGAAGGAGGUGGAAUUGAAUUGAUCUCUAAAAUCAUCACAAAGCAUCUUCAAAUUCCAUGUGCCGUUCUUAUGGGUGCCAAUCUCGCCAAUGAGGUUGCAGACGAGAAGUUCUGUGAAACCACAAUUGGUGUCAAGGACAAGAAAAUGGCACCAAUCCUCCGUGACUUAUUCCAAACACCAAACUUCCGUGUUGUUGUCAGCGAUGAUGUUGAUGCUGUUGAAAUCUGUGGUGCUCUUAAGAACAUCGUUGCUUGCGGUGCUGGUUUCGUUGAUGGUCUUGGACUUGGCGACAACACAAAAGCUGCCGUUAUUCGUUUAGGAUUGAUGGAAAUGAUCAAGUUUGUUGAUGUCUUCUACCCUGGUAGUCAAUUGGCAACAUUCUUUGAGUCAUGCGGUGUUGCUGACUUGAUCACAACAUGCUAUGGUGGACGUAACAGGAAGUGCAGUGAAGCUUUUGUUAAGACUGGAAAGAGUAUUGCUGAAUUGGAGAAGGAGAUGUUGAAUGGUCAAAAAUUACAGGGUCCAAUCACAGCCCUCGAAGUCAACUACAUGUUGAAGAACAAGAGCAUGGAAGACAAAUUCCCACUUUUCACGGCCAUCCACCGAAUUUGUACAAAUGAGAUUAAACCAGACCAACUCAUAGACUGCAUCAGAAUGCAUCCAGAGCAUAUGGAUUGUAGCGAUAAUUUUGCACAUCUUUAAGAAUUUUCAGAUUCAUCCAUCGACCAAAAAUAUCAUUUCAUACAUUCAUAAUCCUGGCAUUUUAUAUAAAUUGGAAAUAAAUUUUGUUUUUGUACAACAACUUCAAGUCAGACUUCAUGUAGCUAAAAUCAAGUCACAACAUACUUUUUUGCCAUAAAUCAUCCAAAAACAAGUUUUAACUACAUGAAGCUAAAAAUAAGUAAAAUUUAAAAUUGUCAAUAAUCAAAUAAAAAAAUAAUAAUCACAUUUUAAGGUGGCUAACAUUUAAGUUUAAAAAUUAAUUGGAAAGUUUUUUUUUAACUUUUAAAUGGAGAAAAUAUAUUUUUUUUGUUGAUGCAAUAAUUUUCUUGAAAUUAAUUCUUGAAUGACACAAGUUGUGA